CAGGUUGAGGAGGAGGCCAGAUGUCCGAGAAGGGUUCUGAGCCCGAGAAUGCGCCGCUCCCGCAGAGAAGGACGCGGACCCUCGGGCAGGCGCGCCCCGCUUUUGAGCCCCCCUUUCUGAGCGCUUCUGUACUUUAAUACUUAGAAAAGGAAAAGCGUCCUCCCAUGCCUGCUCCCGUGCUUUUUGAUUUUUUUUCUUUUGUCUUGACGUUAACCAACGGCCUGUCUUGGCCUCACUGGACCCCAUCAGUACAGUUGUUUUCCUGAGGGAGGAUGGAUAGAGAGAAUACUGUCCAGGUCGCAGAGUCACUUUUUAAGGCUUUCGCCCGGAAAGCUCCCGGAGGGAGAGGGGCUCUCCAGGAGACAGCAGUUCAGAAUCCGGCAGAACUGGGUUGCAGAAUUUGUGGGCAGAACGGUAUGGGUGCAGGGAUUGAACUCACGACCAUACGCUUGCCAGAUCCUUAAUUUUAGAUAAGGAAUCUGGCAAGAAGUUAAGAAACCUACCCUAAGACACUUGCACUUACCUGUAAAGUCAGUCUUCAGGUCUCUUCAACUGAGUGAUUGAUGGUUCUACCACAUAAGGCUGAGAAGAUGCUACUGUAAAGACACAGUUAUAGCUUUCAUAUAAAUGAAGAUACACUUAUGAUUUAGUGUCCCUGAGAGGAAGAACAUCGGUGAAAACAAAAGGCAUUUCUAGUAGAAUGCUUGAGGCCUGGAAGUUAAGUUUGAGCCACUGCCUGAAGGUAUGCUGAGGCCAACAGAGCAGGAGAUAGUUGCCACUGAAAAGAUAGUUUGUUAUUCACAGUUCCCAAGAGGAAGAGGACAUGCCAUACCCCGCAGGGCCACACAAAACACCACCAAGCUAUUAAAUAAUAGGAGAAAAUGGAAUUGAAUUCAACACCAGCAUGGAAGACUCUAAUGAUUCAUUAGAAGCCAACUGUAAUGAUGAUGAAGCAUCCAGAACAGAUGUGCAGGAAUUUGAGCGUCUAGCCUGUAUGGACACUAGAGAGCCUUCCUUUGGACAAAAUGAUUCUCCUACAGUUUUGGCCAUCACUACUGCUGAAGCAAAUAAUCCACUCACAUCGCAAGAUAUCCCAGGACCCCUAACUCAGACCCCAACUCUUUCAGCAGAGCAGUUCCAUCUAGUGGACCAAAAUGGGCAUCCUGUUCAAUAUGAACUUCAGUCACUGGGAGAUUCACAAAUGAUGAUCGUUGCUAGCCCAUCAGAAAACGGACAGGUGCUUCAUGUAAUUCCAUCUACCCAGACAGGAAUGGGACAAGUGAUUGUACCUCAGGGACAGCUUGUGGAUGCAAAUAGUCCUGAGGAUAUCUGUGAAGAGAAAUCCAGUGACAGGACCAUACCAACACUAAGAGUGGAUGCUCUGGCAGACAGCACCAGUAGUUACAUCCUUCAUUCACAUGCAUCGCUCACAUUGCCUAGAAAGUCUGUGGCCAGGAUGCUUGAUGAACCUUUGCUGGCUCCUCUCCAACCUCUUUCUUCUAACACACCUAUAUGGGCCUGCCGUCUUAGGAGUUGCGAGAAAAUUGGAGAUUCAUACCGUGGCUACUGUGUAAGUGAGACCGAAUUAGAAAGUGUCCUAACAUUUCACAAGCAGCAGACACAGAGUGUUUGGGGGACCCGCCAGUCUCCAAGCCCAGCCAAGCCUGCUACACGCUUAAUGUGGAAAUCCCAGUAUGUCCCAUAUGAUGGAAUCCCAUUUGUCAAUGCAGGGAGUAGAGCUGUGGUAAUGGAGUGUCAGUAUGGGCCAAGGAGAAAAGGUUUCCAGUUAAAAAAAAACAGUGAACAGGAAAGCAGGCUAUGUCAGCGCUACAAAGCCACUUGUCCAGCCAGGAUUUACAUUAAAAAGGUACACAAGUUUCCUGAAUAUAGAGUACCUACAGACCCCAAAAUUGACAGGAAAAUAAUCAGAAUGGAGCAGGAGAAAGCCUUUAACAUGCUGAAGAAGAACUUGGUAGAUGCUGGUGGUGUUCUUAGGUGGUAUGUACAGUUACCUACACAGCAAGCUCAUCAGUAUCAUGAAUUAGAGACGCCUUGCCUCCCUUUGUCACCUUCCCCUUUUCCUGUUUCUUCUCUUGAGGAGGAGGAAACUGCAGUCAGAGAUGAGAAUUGUGCAUUACCCUCACGUUUACACCCUCAAGUAGCACAUAAGAUUCAAGAGUUAGUAUCACAGGGCAUAGAACAAGUAUAUGCAGUGAGGAAACAACUAAGAAAAUUUGUGGAAAGAGAACUUUUCAAACCUGAUGAGGUACCUGAAAGACAUAAUUUAUCUUAUUUUCCGACUGUAAAUGAUAUAAAAAAUCACAUCCAUGAGGUACAGAAAUCCUUGAGAAAUGGAGAUAUGGUGUAUAACUCAGAGAUUAUUCCAGCCACGCUUCAGUGGACUACAGAUAGUGGAAAUAUUCUCAGAGAGACUGUGACAGUUACAUUUGCAGAAGGAAAUUCGCCAGGAGAAUCAAUCCCCACCAAAGUGGAAACAAAUCAGACAGGGACUUCUUUGUCUCCAGAGCCAACUCACUUGCUUUCCUCACUUUCUUCAUUUCAGCCCAAAAUAUUUACACAGAUACAGGGUUUGCAGUUACAACCAAGAUUCACCUCUCCAGAUGGGUUGCCAGCUCUGUUAUCAGGAAAUAACCACCCCUCCUCCAGUCCUUCAAGACUUCUGGAUUCAAUAGAAAGUACUUCAAUGAAUAAUAAUUCUCUACUGCAUGAUCAAAGUUGCAGCCUUCCAGCAGAUACAUGCCUAACCCAAAACGAUAGUACUGCAUCUGCUGGUGGUAACCUCCAAGGACCAGACCAAAAUCUAGUGGCCGUGGACCAGCUAAUGGAAAUCGAAGAUGUUGAGGAUACAGAGAAUCUGGAAGGAAGUGUUCAUCAGAUAUUGUUGGGAGAUAUGCAGACCAUUCCAAUACAGAUUAUGGACAACCAACCAGCUCUUAUUGAAGAAAAUUCAGAAUGCACUACUUCUGUGAAUCAAGUUAAGCAAGAACCCAAAGAACCAACAUUGUCUCUGGCACCAGAAAAGAAUUUAGACUGUAAGAAAUUACCUGCUACAUAAAUUUUUGAAGCUUUCAGAAUUUCCAACUCUGAUGACUUCUGAUGUCUUAGAAAAGAAGGUAGAAACUGGAACUAUCAAUAUUUUCAUGUAAGUAUUUCAAUGAGUAGCUCUUUAAAAUGGUUUCUAAAUGAAUUUUUAAAAAUUAAUUUGUCCUCUAAAUGCAUGUGUAGUAACAGUGUGUCAGUAUUGUGUUUAAAGAUGCUUAGCAUCACUUUUUGAAAACUAUGUUUACAUGUUUAAAAUGUUUAUUUUUAAAUUCCCAGCAUAUUAAAUACAAAUGCAUAAAUUUUUUAGUAUCGGUGUUUGGCUUUCUCCUAACAGCUCUACAGCAAAGUUUGACAUUUAUUCCUUUGUAUUAUUAUGUAUGACAAGGUGUAAUAUCUGUAAUAUUGAGUCAAACAUUCAAAAUAAGCAGUUAGGAUUUCACAAUUAAUUACAGUUCCACUUGUUUUUUCCUUGUAGUUUUCAGGUUCCAAACCUCCAAGUGAAUUUCACAUAUACUCUAGUGUGUUAUAGAUAAACACAGCCAUGGUGGACUUUUUCCUCAAUAGCAUUUUUCUGUAAGUAGUGAGUAUACUUAAAAGAAAAAAGCUUUAACAUAUUGUACAAGGCAUAUGUUUCCUGAAAAUCACAAAAAUGAUAGAAAACACGGAUCUUGUGAUCUGGUUCUGCAUUUGAGUUUCUCAUUUUGAGGCCUAUCUCCUUGUUUUUUGUCUUCUUUAUAUCCUAUUAAAAUAUAUACUUGAUCAUGUGGAUAUGAAAAAGAUAUUGUUUACUUUGUACCAGGUUUUAAAAGAUGUUUAAAAAUCUGUGUGUGUGUAUGUAUGUGUGUGUAGAAACUUAAUGUAUAGUGUCUUUGUUAUAAUGUAAUUUUUUCAUUAAAAAAUCCUGUGGGUUUUUUUCUUAUAUUCUUAGGGUUUUUUUAAAGUACAUAUACAUAUUUUUCCUGGAUAUACGAAGAGUUUUGUUCAUCUUAAAUAAGAUGCUGAAUAAACACUUUAAUACCUAA